AAUAAGAGAGAAACCGCCAUAGCAGCUAAACCCUAGUUAAAUCAUUCCCCCCUCUUGAAAUUCAGUUGCUUCAAACCCUAAAAAUGGUGGCUGCUGGUCUUAGAAUCUUCACAGAAAGAACUAAUGACACCGAAAAUCAACCAAUUCUUGACACCGAAAAUGGCGAAAUCCUUAUGCAUACUCAACCUUUCGUCUCCAUUGUUCUUGGAAACCGUUCGCCUGAAUCACCUGGCACUCUCUACAUUACCUCAAAGAAAGUAAUAUGGUUGAGUGAUGUCGAUAGAAGUAAAGGUUAUGCUGUCGAUUUUGUCUCUAUUUCACUUCAUGCUGUUUCUAGAGAUCUUGAAGCUUAUUCUUCUCCCUGUAUUUAUACUCAGAUUGAAACCGAAGAUGAUGAAGAUGAUGAAGAUGAAGAGCAACAACAAACAGUUGAUUUGUCGUCUGUAAUUUCAAAGAUCAAAGAAGUGAGGCUUGUUCCAUCUGAUCCUAGUGAAUUGGAGACUUUGUUUGAGGUGUUCUGUGAAUGUGCAGAGUUGAAUCCUGAACCAAUGCUAGAUGAAGAUGAAGAGGAGCACAAUUGGAUUUUUAGUGCUGACCAGUUGACUGCUGAGGCUUUAGAGGAUGAUGCUUCUAACUGGAGUGGGAGUCACAUUAAUUUCAUUGGUCAUUCAAAUGGUGAACAUGACUUGGCACAUAGUGUACUUGAGUUGCAAAUCAAUGACCAGCGGUUUGAAGAUGCAGAAGAAAUGGACCACGAAGAUGAUAAAAAUGACAACCCUCAUUGAUUUAGUUGAGAUGCAAAUAUUUGUUGGAUAUCUUAAUGACCCUUACGCGAUUUUGAUCUUUCUAUACUUAGUUAAGAGUUGUUGUUUUGUUAGUUGAUUGUGAUUGUGUAAUGUAAGGAUCCUCUGGAAAAGAGGUCAUCAAGCUGUGUGGUUAACUCUCAAUUAAAGAUCUGGUUAACUCUCAA